AUGCGUUUUGUGGAGAUCAUCAAGAGGCCAAUAAAAUCAGGGAGGAGUACUCACUUCCAGUGUAUCUAUCUGGGAGACCAUCCUUUCACAGCUACUUUGAUGGACGACUUGGGGACAUCGUACCAAGCUCUUGAAAACUAUGGCAGUGCGAUAAAGUUUCUGCGUAAGGCACCGCACAUAAGAAAGCACUCUGUGGGUAAUCAUCAAGUAACAGCAAGGUCUUUCUAUGACUUUGGAAAGGUAAAUAUAUAUAUCUGUAAGGGUUCUUUAAAAUUUUUAUCCCAUUCUCAGAAUUUUUCUCAUUGAUUGAACCUCUACAGCAACAUCAAGGAUGCAAGUCUCUGAUUUCUAAGCUUCAAAAUCAUGAUUCUUUAUCACUCCACCGAUAUUUAUCCGUUUCAGCUUGGUGUUUUAAGGCCCCUUAAACGCUAUUGUUAGUUACCGAUUCAGCAGAAUUUUAAUCAUUAGCUGUUUAAUCAACAGGCUUUAGCCAAGAAAGAAGACCUGGAUGAAGCUCUCGAAGCUCUUAGAAGUGCCCUUGCUAUCCAAAACGAAGUGUUAGGAAACCACCAGGAGACAGAACGUUCUCACAGGGAGAUAGCUUACGUCCUAAAAAAGCUUGGGCGACAUGAAGAAGCCAAAAGAGAGGAUUUACUGGCUCAGCAGGUGUCCAUGUCUGUUUCUGAGCCCCAGCCCGAGUCCUGA